UUUCAUUUCUGUCUGGUCCGGACCACCAACGGACAAACCCGAUCAGGUCAGUGCCAGGAAGGCGUGCUUGUUACUUUGUAGUGAGUAGAAAACAUAUUUCCUGCUCGUAUUUUUAAACAUUACGCACGAUUUGCGCUCGACAUCCAGAUUUCUGCCCGAGUUUGAAGUGGCGUCGGUUUUGUUAGAUGCUUAGGUCAGUAAUUACAUUUCAGGCACCUUUAGAAGAACAGAACCUGUUUUUACAGACUUUCUGAGGGUUUUCUAACAUCACAAGUUAACUGACUUGUGUGACCUGAAAUUGACCUUUUACUAUACGACGUUGUGACGGAAGUAACAGGACAACCACAGUGCUGAGCCCUCUGCCAGACAUGCUGCUGGUGCUUUUGACAGUUUCCACUCUCUUCUUAGGCUCAUCUGCUGACGAACAUGAAGUCUGCUAUGGCAAGAGUUUUUCGUUACCGUCGAACGUUAUCCCUCCUUUAUACAAAGGACCGUUGAUCUUGAAGCCCAGUCGAGGGGGACCCAUGAGAACAGUGAUGGAUAACGGGAUGGCAACAGAACCGCGCAUCAAAAUUUCCCCUGCCUCAGCAACUUUGACAGAUGUGACAGAACAUGAUGAGGGUAUUUAUAUGAUCUCACCCCCUGGGCAGCAUCAGUACUCGCCUUUCACGCUGAAGGUUUUGGACUGUGCCGAGGAGGUUGAAACAUAUUACGGGGAAAUAUGGAGGCUCUCUUUGCCCGAAAAGGCUGAAAUCCUGGAGAGCACUCCCCUUAACCGUGUGAAUCCAGUGGUCCUGUGGAAUCGCACAAAUCCUCAGGUCAAAAGUGUACGCAGAGGAUGGGUGAAUCAAAACUUCUGGCAAGUUGAAAACAUCACACAGUCAGAAAAUGGCUUCUACAACAUCAGGCAGAAAGACAACACUUUGCUGUCCAGGACACAUCUCAAUGUAAAAGAACACGUCAGACACUAUACUAAACGUGUGGACGAAUACCUGAUCAUCGAAUAUCCGUGGGACAACGGCGCAUGGCUUGUGAAUUUCCAGCCUAAAGGGACAACGGACAAUAUAACGUUGAUCAAGGAUGGCCUUAAGCAAUUAGAAGACUGGUUCGACUGGAGAUUGGAGAUACAGAGUGCAGGCAUAAAACUUGAUGCUUUGGAAAUCACAGACUCUGGUACUUUUGAGUUCAGAGACAAGAAAGGCAAUCUGGUCUUGGUUGCACACUUGGAGAUGAAAGCCAAGCACGAUGAUGAUCCUCCUCCUCCUCCCUUAUUGUUAGUUUACAUCAGCGUAGCCUUCUUGCUAGGAGGUCUCUUGUGUUGCUGGUUCACUCGUAACAUGAAGUGCUGGAAGAAGUGCCGUAGAAGAGACAAGUCUGCUCCUCAGGCUGCAGCACCACCUGCUGCACAUUAUCAUAGUGAGAGUCAAUCUGUGGUCCCAAGUUACUCAGCUGUACCAUCUUCUGUAGCUCAGCCUGAGAAUGACCUGCAAAACCCCACAGCUGACCCUCAUGUGUGAUCGGUGCAACACCACCCAGUGAGUGUCCUUGUAACUCCCUCUCCACCUCAGGUUGCUCCUUCAGGAGAAUCUGCUCCAGCUCCCUCGGCUGCCUCGAACGUUUUCUCCUUAGAUUCUGAUCCACAGCUUGAGUUGAAAGGACUGGCUUUUCACUCUUCUCAACCCCUCAGCUCAGACUCAGCUCACUGUGAUGUUUACACCUCAGAGAAAUAAAAUUUUCUGUAAAGAG